AUGCUAAGCUCCAAGCUCUGCACCAUCAGUCCUUCAACCUCCCUUGAGGUCACCCCCUCCAAUCUCCCUACUAUCACCCCCUCCCUCAUAUUCCUCCACUUCUGGGGCGGUUCGUCCCGAACCUACAGCCAAGUAAUAUCUCACCUCCCCGCCCACCACAGCAUCUCCGUCUCCUUCCGCGGCUGGGGCCAAUCAACCGGGCCCCAAGAGCCCGCCGCAUAUUCCAUCUACGCCCUCGCUUCAGAUAUCGAGUCUCUCAUCCCGUCUCUCAACAUCGCAGAUUUCAUCCUGAUAGGCCAUUCCAUGGGAGGAAAAGUAGCACAGCUACUCGCCGGAAGAAACAUCUUCGGCUCCCGACUAAAGGGGGUGGUGUUACUAGCACCCGCUCCCCCUAUUCCGUUCCAACUCCCCGAGGAAAUGAGAGAGCAGCAACGGACUGCGUUCUGUACUGCUGAAUCUGCAGAAUUUGUUGUGAGGAAUGUACUUACGGCUCGACCUUUGGCCGAUGAGACGGUAAAUAUGCUGGUGGAGGAUAUGGUGAGGGGAAACAGGUAUGCGAGGGAAGCAUGGCCGGGGUAUGGGAUGGGGGAGGAUGUGUCGGGGGAUGCGAGGAGGAUUUCGGUGCCAGUGCUUGUGGUUGGGGGGGAUCGGGAUCGGGUCGAGACGGUGGAGAGGUUGAAGAGUGAGGUGAUGGGGAACGUAAAGGGGGAAUUGGUUGUCGUGGAGGGGGCGGGACAUUUGUUACCUGUUGAGGCACCGGAGGCUGUUGCUGGGUUCAUCGAGGGGUUUGUUCGAAAGCUGGUGGCUUGA